AAGUCAAUAAUGAGUCUUCAUAUAUUUUGGCCGGCUUCUGCUGUCUUGACGAUGUUUAUCAUAGGGGUUAUAAUGAUUUUGUUAAAAUAUGGCCCACGCAUUUGUAAAGUUAGACACGAGCCAUUGCCUACCGAACAAGAUUGGGAAGGUAAAACAUAUUCUCGUGAAUUAUCAGUUUCAGUAGCUUGAUGCAAUUAACGUAAAAGAAUCAUUAUAUGCCUUAAACGAACGUUUAUUGUCUUUGAGACUUCAAAAUUGUUGAAAAAAAAUCAUUUUACCGAAACUUAUCCUUCAAAUACGUAUAGCUCACGUCCCGCAUAAAAUUGUACAGUUUGAUCAUUUAAUAUUCUACAGAUUAUCAUUCCAUAAAUUUUAAAGACAAUAUCUGUUCAAUUAUGAGAUCAAUUAACUGCUUCGUAAGAUUUAAUAUACACAUUGAUGCACUAGAUUUUUCUAUCUUCUUAUUAAAGAGAAUAUUUAACAUUAUUGAAUUCAAAUUUUGAUACUACUAAUUAUUUAAUGUCAAAAUGUGCCUGCUAGUUAAUUUAACGAUUCCGUCCAUAAGUAUGUUAUUAUAUCUAAUAUCUA